AAUUGUGAUGAUGAUAAUUUAUGUACAGAUGAUUAUUUUGAUCCAAUUUUAGGAUGUCAACAUAUUAGAAAAAAAUGUGACGAUUUUAAUAAAUGUACAGAUAAUUAUUGUGAUCCAUCAAAUGGAAAAUGUUAUUUUGUAAAUGUUUUUUGUACAGAUAAUAAUCCAUGUACAAGGGAUUAUUGCGAUUUAGAAACUGGGGAGUGUGUGUAUAAAAAAACAGUUGCAUGUGAAGAUUAUAAUAAUUGUACAAUAGAUAUUUGCAAUAGAAGAAAAGGUUGUAUAUUUAAACCCAGAACAUGUAGCGAUAACAAUAUAUGUACAAAUGAUUUUUGUACAAACUCUACUGGUUGUGUCCAUGAACCAGUUUCGUGUGAUGAUAACAAUCCAUGUACUAUAGAUACUUGCGAUAAAGUUAGGGGAUGUAUACAUAUAGCAGUUUCGUGUGAUGAUAAUAAUCCUUGUACGGAAGAUUUUUGCUCUUGGAGAAGUGGUUGCGAAAAUAAAUUAACAGGUUGCGGUUUAAAUGAACUUUUAAAAACACCAUGUAAGUCUUUUUAUCUAUUUAAUAUAAAAUAA